AUGCAGAGAGACGGGGAGGAUGCCAUCGAGUCGGGCACGGAGGAGGAGGGCACCCUGCGCAGGCAGAAGGCCCUGUUGCUGCACGUGAGAGACAAAGGCGACGAGCCUCUCCCUAGAAGACCCGAGACCCAGCAGUGGCGGAAUCGGCAGCUCCAGCGCCUGGCAGAGGAGAUGAAGGCAGAGUGGCAGGAGACCCAGCUCCAACAAAUCAAAGACCUGGAACGGCUCUACCUGGCCCGGCUGCUCGGGGGAGUUGCAGAACAGGCAGUGGGGAGCCAGGCCGGCUUGGAGGAGUUGGUCUCCAGAGAGACAACCAAAGCCCCAAGGCCCAGAAACAAGCCCAAAGGUGCCCAGAGAGAGAGGAAGAGUCGCAGGGAAGAACCGUCCCGACAGCAGACCUGGCACCCCAAGUCUCGAAAGAAAACAGCAGGCUCAGAAAAGCGGAGGCCCACCAGACCCCCGGGGCUAACUGCCCCCGAGAAGAGCAAGGUGAAGCGGAUCCCUUCCAGCAAAAGCAGCAGCAGCCACCGCUCCGUGAACUCCCGGUCCAGCCGAGUGUUGGACUUCACCAAGCUCUGCCCGCUCUUGACCCCCGUGGAGGAAAUCGAGGAACCUGAGAUAGAGACAGCCUGGAGUGAGAGAAGGCAAGAAGGGAGGGGGACCCCUGUCUCCGUUCAAGGCCUGAAACACAGCUCCUGCGACCACAGUCCCGAAGACAAGCUGAGCGACGUAGAGCAGCCUUGGACGGGCAGCCCGGCCUACAAAAGGAGCGAAGUGUCCUCUACCUGUUCACUCAAGGGCAGCGAAAAGGGCAGGUGGCAGAAGGAGCUGGAGAAUGCCUUCGAGGAAUUGUUCAACACCAACCGAAAGCUCAAGAAACAGCUGAGUUUCCAUCUUUACCAGAGGCCCCUGGGGGACCUGAACCCUGAGGAAGAGCAGGGUCUCCCAGAGUCAUACAACCACAGUGGCCACAACCACAGUGGCUCCCAGAGACAGCGAGGAGAAGAGAUGCCCGAGGAGACGGACGACGCUUCCGAGGCAUCGUCAACGGAGUACACGUUGAGAGGGUUUCUGAGCAAGGCCCAGAACCUUAAAUACCUGCAGAUGGCCAAGCCUGAGUUAAAGGAGAACCACACGCCCUUUCCCAGGACCAGAUUAUCUCUGAGUGACGAGGGCUCACACUCACGACAGGUGGACUCGGGACUGGAGCCCGAGCUGGGGGAGCACCGUGCCCACACCCCCCUGCAGGAAGAGGCGGGCAGAUCCAGCUGGGCGGCGCUGAAGCAAAAGCAGAAAGCAGAGAUGGAACAGAGAAGGAAAACGGCCUUCUUGGGGCAGACUGAACACCCAGACAUGAGCUUGGAGAUCCACUACAAGGCUGAGCUGGAGGAGGAGCGGAGAGAACGCAGAAAAAUCCGCCUGGCCCUGCUCAAGGCCUACUCCACGGGAGUCUCACCCACUAGCCGAGGACCCGAGUUCAGAAGCCUGUCCCUCUCGGGCACCAGCCUCCUGGAUGAGGACAGACAAAAUCAGAUGAUCCGUGACCUUCAGCAGCAGAUUGUAGAGCAAAACAGGUUACACAAGCAGUUUCUGGACAAAGCCAGGAAACGCUUGCAAGACUUUCAGAAAACUUGUUAA